UCAACACUUGAGUCCAAUUUUCAUCUGGAAAUACUCGAAUACUAUGUUUAAAAAAUCUAUUGUUUUUAUUAUUGAAAUUUAUUUUAUCUUGUAUCACUGCAUAGUUUUUUCUAAUAAAGGCAUUGUUUCUGGUAUUUUUAAGUCAACAAUUUUAAGACGAUUUUUUAUUUAACAUUUUUUUAAUGAUAAGCGGUCGUCUUUCUUCCAAAUCAGCUUGAUCUGCAACCAUCACAAGCUUAGCAAGAGAUGUUGAAGAAAUUAAUAUUUAAAUGUUCUUCUAGUUUUUUUUUAUAAAAAAAGUCUCUUAGAAAUGUUAAAAGUCUCCUUAUCAAAAAUGGGAAGGGGGGUUCUUAAAAAGUAUACGCCUGCCUGGUUUUGUGAACUUUUUAUAAUUUAUAAUAUUUAAUAAGAACAAUUAUGUUUUCAUGAAUUUUAAAUCUAACUGAAUGAAAGUUAUUUUCGUCAUGUUUGUUUUUUAUCAUCUUUGGUUGUGUAACUUCAAAGAUCUGAAUUGAUUGUAAGAGCUUAUUGAAAAAUUUAUUAAUUUAUCCCUGUGUAAAAUUGCAUUUCAGACUGGAUAUCUUUAACAUGCAUCGAAAGGGGAGGGGGGUUGCUGGAUGCUAAACAUAUUCACUAUUUUUAUUCUGUGAUUAAUUUUUCAUCAAAUUAUUUAUUUACACUUUAUCUACAGGGUGGUAAAAUAAUAUUCAGAUUACAAAAGCAUCAACUUGAAUCUAGAAUCCCACCCUGUAGAUAAAUUAACCACUAGUUGUAAAAUGUAUAUACAUGUUGUGACACGCUGCCUAAUUGAUUAAUUGAUUUAUUCAGAUAAAAUGGAUGAACUACGACGUUUAGAACAUCUAUCUCUUGUCUCUAAAGUAUGUACGGAGUUGGACAAUCACUACUCCAUGAAUGAUAAGGAUCUAGCUGAGUUUAUCAUAGACCUGGCGCAGAAGAAUCCAAAUUUCGAUGGGUUCAAGAAAUCGUUAUUGGAGAACGGCGCCGAGUUCGCGGAUUCGUUCAUUGAGAAUCUGCUCAGGAUCAUCAAUCACAUGAUGCCGAAGAAAGGAAAGGAAAAUGAAUCUAGAAAUGGCGGGGGAAAUUUUGACUAUUUGAGAGAACAGUUGCCGUUUCUGGCACUUCCGGACGACGCGAAGAAACCGGAAGUGGUGAAAGAAAGUCGGGGACCUGAUGUCGAUGACGUCAUGUCCUUUUUGGAAUCUAUGGCUCCGUCAAAGGUCAAGGAAAAUGUUAAAGAAAGACCGCGAAGAUCAUUAACUCCGUCAAGAUCGAGAUCAAGAUCAGAUUCUAGAGAAAAGAAACGAAAGAAGAAGAAAAGAAAGAAGAGUAGAAGUGGUAGCAGGGACAGGUAUAGGAACAGAAGCAGAAGUAGGGAAAGAAGGAGAAGUCGAAGCAGAGACCGGAAGCGUCGGCGGAGUCGAAGCUCCAGCAGAGACCGGAAAAAGCUUGAGGAGCAGCGGAAGCUGUUGGCAAAGAAGGAGAUGGCCGAAGGACCAGAACUGUUCCGAGUUUAUACCGGGAAGGUUCAGAAUAUCACUAAUUUUGGAUGCUUCGUGGCGCUAGAAGGAUUCAGAAAGAAAGCUGAGGGGCUUGUACAUAUUUCUCAGCUGAGAAGAGAAGGAAGAGUUAAAUCAGUCGAGGAGGUUGUUCUGAAGGGACAAACUGUCAAGGUGAAGGUGUUGAGUAUCACCUCGGGUAGCAAGAUCUCCUUGUCCAUGAAGGAUGUAGAUCAGGAGACUGGAGAGGAUCUCAACCCUACAGGGAACAACAGGGUCCCAGGAGGAACUAGGGAGGCUGACCUCAACCUUAGGAACCCUGAGAGACCCUUGGAUUUCCUAGGAGAGAAUCACGAGGCUGUUGUUCUCGACGACGAUGAUUACAGACAUAAGAAGAAGGUGACCCGAAUCUCUUCCCCUGAGAGGUGGGAGCUCCAGCAGAUGAUGGCCGCCAAUGUUAUUGAUAAGAGUGAACUCCCGGAUUUCGACGAGGAAACAGGAUUACUACACAAGGAAGAUGAUGACGAGCAAGAUCUAGAAAUUGAAUUGGUUGAAGACGAGGCUCCCUUUCUCAAGGGACAAGGACGGAUGAUGAAUAAUCUAUCUCCAGUUCGUAUUGUCAAGAAUCCUGAUGGAUCUUUAGCCCAGGCUGCCAUGAUGCAGGGAGCUCUGGCUAAGGAGCGAAGGGAGCAGAAGAUGGUUGACCGGCAAGCUGCGGACAGUGAGGCUCCAACAGGCUCCACAAAGAAUUGGAAUGAUCCCAUGCCACACGGAGUUACUGAGUACCAGGGUCAGAACGCUGGUCAGGAUGCCAAACCCAACCCCUUCCAGGAUAUGCCGGAGUGGAAGAAAAGUAUUAUUGGAGGAUCGAAGGGAUCCUACGGGAAGAAAACUAGUAUGUCAAUCCUGGAUCAGAGGCAAUCACUUCCUAUAUAUAAACUUAAGGACGAGUUAAUCAAAGCGAUAACUGAAAACCAGAUUCUGAUUGUUGUCGGGGAAACAGGAAGUGGGAAAACUACGCAAAUGACGCAGUACAUCGCUGAGGCGGGGUUCACAAUGCGGGGAAAGAUUGGGUGUACGCAACCCAGAAGAGUUGCCGCAAUGUCAGUUGCUAAGAGAGUAGCUGAGGAGUUUGGUUGCAGAUUGGGACAAGAGGUUGGAUACACGAUUCGUUUUGAGGACUGUACAACACCAGAGACUAUUAUUAAGUACAUGACAGACGGUAUGCUUCUCAGGGAAGCUCUUAUAGACUCAGAGAUGGGAACUUACAGUUGUAUAAUGUUGGACGAGGCCCACGAACGUACAAUCCACACAGAUGUGCUGUUCGGUCUCCUCAAGAAGGCUGUGAAGGCGAGACCAGAACUCAAGCUUAUUGUAACCUCCGCUACCCUAGACGCGGUCAAAUUCUCAGAGUACUUCUUCGAGGCUCCAAUCUUUACCAUUCCUGGGAGAACAUUUCCUGUAGAAAUAUUAUACACCAGAGAACCAGAGACCGAUUAUUUGGAUGCUAGUCUUAUUACUGUUAUGCAGAUUCAUCUAAACGAACCUCCAGGGGAUGUAUUGUUAUUCUUAACUGGACAGGAGGAGAUUGAUACAGCAUGUGAAGUACUCUUCGAAAGAAUGAAAUCGUUGGGACCAGAAGUUCCUGAACUAAUCAUACUUCCGGUGUACAGUGCCCUGCCAUCAGAAAUGCAGUCGCGUAUUUUCGACCCAGCAUCUCCUGGUUCUAGGAAGGUUGUUAUUGCGACUAAUAUCGCCGAGACUAGUUUAACCAUCGACGGCAUUCUCUAUGUGAUAGAUCCUGGCUUUGUCAAACAGAAGGUUUACAACAGUAAGACUGGAAUGGACUCCCUGGUUGUGACCCCUAUAUCCCAGGCAGCGGCCAAGCAGAGGGCGGGUCGUGCCGGUCGAACCGGACCGGGCAAAACCUAUAGAUUGUAUACAGAGCGAGCGUACAGAGAUGAGAUGUUACCAACCCCGGUUCCUGAGAUUCAGCGAACAAAUCUUGCUUCAACUCUUCUUCAACUUAAGGCAAUGGGAAUAAAUGACUUGAUAGGGUUUGAUUUCAUGGAUGCACCUCCUGUGGAAGCAAUGAUUCAUGCUCUAGAACUACUUCAUACACUCUCAGCUCUAGAUGAUGAAGGCCUGUUGACCCGGUUAGGUCGUCGAAUGGCCGAAUUCCCCCUGGAGCCUAAUCUAGCGAAGAUGUUGAUCAUGGCCGUGAACAUUCAGUGCUCCGACGAGAUUCUAACCAUCGUGUCUAUGCUCUCAGUUCAGAAUGUAUUCUAUCGACCCAAGGAGAAACAGCAGAUAGCGGAUCAGAAAAAGGCUAAAUUUAAUCAAGCAGAGGGAGAUCAUAUUACUCUACUAGCAGUCUAUAAUUCAUGGAGAAAUAAUAAAUUUAGUUCUGCUUGGUGUUAUGAAAACUUUGUUCAGCAGAGAACACUGAAGAGAUGGUUAAUAGACGUGAGAAAACAGUUGUUGGGUAUUAUGGACAGACAUAAGCUUGAUGUGGUCAGCUGUGGUAAAAGUACCACUAGAGUCCAGAAAGCAAUCUGCUCCGGGUUCUUCAGGAACGCAGCGAAGAAGGAUCCCCAGGAGGGUUACAGAACUUUGGUGGACGCACAGAUGGUUUCUAUUCAUCCAAGCAGUGCCCUGUUCCACCGUCAACCCGAGUGGGUCGUCUUCCACGAGGUUGUCCAGACCACCAAAGAGUACAUGAGAGAGGUCACCACCAUCGACCCCAAGUGGUUGGUCGAGUUUGCUCCCGCAUUUUUCCGAUUCUCCGAUCCGACCAAACUCUCUAAAUUCAAGCAGACUCAGAGGAUUGAACCUCUGCACAACAAGUACGAGGAACCUAACGCCUGGAGAAUCUCAAGAACAAGAAAACGGCGAAAUUAAAUUAUUAUUCCAUGUUAUUUUCGAUUAUAUGUUGAUAAUUAUGAAAAUACGAGAAUAGUUAAGUAGAACUGCA